AUGGUCAUGUUUGUGUUGUAUGUAAUUUAAUGCGUUCGCUUCAACCCUCUGAACUCUGAGGACGAAUUGGUUUGUCCUCGGAUGCUGCAAGGUCCCUAAACAGUAACACGAAUUUCAGAUUCUGGUGUGGGAUUUUGCCUGUUUUCUCUCUGUAUUACCAUUAUGGUCAGAAACCCUUUAUCUAAGAGUUCCAACAAAUAUCUCAGAAAGUUCAGAAAAUGGCCACACUCCCCUUACAAGACAUUCUGGCACCACAACUUUGGCCAAGAUCAGGCUAUGCGAGUCCUCGUACAGGCAGCGGCGACAACAACCCCGACCAUAGCUUCAUCAAACGACAACCUUAACAUUCCCUCUCUUCUUUCCACUCUCAUCCACUCUUUCAAAACUUAUAACUGUGACCCUACUCCUGAUGCCUACUACUUCCUCAUCAAAACCCUUUCCCACACCUCAAGGUUGGACGAGAUUCCUCCAGUUCUAGACCGCCUGGAACGCGUCGAGAAAUUCCAAACACCCGAGUUCAUUUUCGGCUAUCUUAUUAGAGUUUAUGGUCGGGUUGGUAAAUUUCAAGAGGCCAUUGAUCUGUUUUACAGAAUCCCUAGAUUCAGGUGCGUUCCAACUGUUUGUUCUCUGAACUUAUUGCUCUCAGUGCUUUGUGGAAAUCGAGAAUGUCUCAAAUUGGUUCCGCUGAUUUUGUUGAAGAGUUGGGAUAUGAAUAUCCGAAUUGAACAGUCGACUUUUGGAGUUUUGAUCGAGGGUUUAUGUGGAUAUAAUAAGUUGGGUUAUGCCGUUGAGAUGUUUUAUUGUAUGAUAGAUGAUGGCUACCAUCUGGAGGAUGAGAUUUGUUCUUUGAUAAUAUCGUCGUUGUGUGGCCAAAAUGAUUUGACUUCUAUGGAGGCUUUGCGUGUAUGGGGAGAUAUGAAGCAGUUCGGAUUUUGUCCCAGUAUGAUAGAUUAUUCCAAUUUGAUUAGGUUCUUGGUCAAGGAAGAAAGAGGUAGGGAUGCCUUGGGUAUCCUGAAUCAGAUGAAAGAAGAUGGAGUCAAGCCUGGUAUUAUAUGUUAUACCAUGGUUUUAAGUGCGGUUGUUGCAGAAGGGGAUUAUGUGAAAGCACAUGAACUGUUCAACGAAUUGCUUGUUUUAGGACUUGUUCCUGAUAUUUAUACUUAUAACGUGUACAUAAAUUGCUUGUGUAAAGAGGAUGAUGUGGAAGAGGCGCUUAAGAUAGUUUCUGCUAUGGAAGAUUUGGGAUGCAAUCCAAAUGUGGUUACUUACAACACUUUAUUGGCUUCCUUAAGCGAGGCUGGGGAAUUAGGUAGGGCAAGGCAACUUGUAAAGGAGAUGAGGAUGAAAAGGAUUGAGCUCAACUUGCAUACGUAUAGGAUCUUGCUUGAUGGUCUGGUUGGUAAAGCUGAGAUUACUGAAGCAUGCUCUUUAUUGGACGAAAUGUUAGAGAAGUGUUUUUAUCCACUAUCUUCAUCCUUGGAUAAUAUAAUAUAUGAGAUGUGCCAACAGGGCUUGUUUACUGAAGCAUUGGAAUUGAUGAAGAAGUUUUUAGCACAAAGUUUUGCCCCAGGAGCUAGGGCCUGGGAAGCGCUGCUUCUUAAUUCAGGAGGUGAACUUAAUUAUUCGGAAACCACUUUAGCUGAUCUGGUGAAAGCAAACUAGCCUCAGUUUUCCAAGUAGCCUGGGGGAUGGAUCUGAUCUCAAAAUCUAGAGGACUUGUAGCUUGUUUGGACCAAGGCAACCUUGAGUGAGCUUGUGGAAAACUAGUUGAGCUCACAUAUGCUUCUUGCAGAAUUUGCAUUUGAGUAGCAGAAUACUAAUCAAAACAAAAUACUCAUAAAUCUUCAAAUUAAGUUUCAAAUCUCCAAAAAUCUUCAAAUCUUUGGUUUUUUCUUUCUUUAUUUCUUUUUUGGUCUUUGUUCCAUCUGGGAGUCUAGCAUGAUAUAUUUUUAAAUCGUUUUUAACUCUUGCCUUUGUCGAUAAUGCUUCUUAUGUUCUUUGCGUUGACAGUCAGAAUUUUGAUUGCAUUGUAUGACUGCUGUAAUGUUGACUGUCACAACAUGUUCUGAGUUCCACCUUUUCUAAUUUCUUUUUUCGUUUCUGCAUCCAGAAGGAAGACUGGGUGUCAAAUUUUCAUCUGAAUUUAAGUGUCGUCUUAUGGAGUAGAUUCUUUGAACCUGGUUGUUUAGAAUAUGCUAAUUGUCAAUUGAGUUACAUUCCUAAAAUACUCAUUACAGCCUGCUUCAUUUCUUUGUUGCCUCUGCUACCAAAAAAACACAAUGGAAUCAAGUUCUUUCUAUUUUGUAGCUGCACCCAAGUACUGUUCUGUCUAAGAUGCAAUUUGGGGAAGAUGGUCAGUUGUAUAUUGAAGAGAGAAGAUGCUGCUGCCUUAGCACGAGAAAGCAUUUCUAUGUCAUAGUUCAAUAAAUAUAUGCAGAGGUUGCCCAUCCCUUUUGUGUUAUGCAUAUAUAUUCCAUGUCAUUUUCUUGUAGAAAGUGCAUUUAAGGUAUUCAGGUUCAAAAUUUAAGUUCAUUAUCUGCUUGUUUUAUCUGUGUAUUCAUUGACUCGUUCCUUGCGUUAUGCUUGAUUUGCUUGCUUAGUUACUUGUAAAUAGCCAGAUUAUUCAAGCUUCCGUCUAUUAGUGUUCUUAUAAUGGAUUCAUGUUCUUGAUCAUUUCUUCA